ACAACUUAUUUUAUGUACCGUAGUUAUGACCCAUCAAUGCGUCUGUGUUUUAUUUUGAUUAAUUUGGUGGGAAGAAACGGAAUAAUUGUAGUAUAAUGACUUUAUGGGUCAAUUCGGCUUUAUAAGUAGUUUUAACUAGCCAGUUCUAGAAAUACGGAAGCAGAAAUAGCUGUAGUAAAGAUAACAUUUCAGCAAUUACCGACACAAGACAGAGUUUAAUAGCUAGCCUACACACAGUGACAUAAAUAUUUUAGAUGUAUUUUUAUAAAUAUUCUCGAACGCAUCACAGGUUUAAAUUUCGCAUGUGUUUACAAACUGCACGUGAACAGAACAGGUUAACGCGCAGGUAGGCUGCGGGCUUUUCCGGGGAAUGACUCAGGGAAAGACCAUCUUUAUGAAUGUAGCGCUUAAAUCACGUCAAAAGUUAGCGUUAGCUAGCCAGGCAGUAGACUUGCAUUUAAAUUGCAAGUCGAAAAUCGAAUAUAUUUAAUCGUAUAAGAAUGUUAACAAAUAUGCUCGGCAUGUGUAGCCUAACGCUGUUGAACCUUGGGGAUUACAUUGGAUACAGCAGUUGAUCAGAGGGCAGUCAUGAAAGCCCCUUAGGGUAUGGUUUAUCAAAAAAGAAAAAAAGCGAGAUAAAUGAAAGAAUGAUCAAUUCGAUUUGAGAUUAUGGGUGUAUCAUUUCCUGUUUCCGUGUGGAGUCUUCCAUCCACUCCGAAGCCGUCAGCUGGCGCGGGGUUAUAAUGAUGAAAUGAAGAUUCAUGGAAAGAUCCUCACACAUUUCCAAACUUGUGACUCACCCGUUGAUAAAGAGGGAUACCUGUACAAGAAGGGGGAGAGGAACACGUCCUAUCAGAAGCGUUGGUUCGUGCUGAAGGGGAACCUGCUGUUCUACCAGGACAGGCCAGGUGACCGAAACCUUCUGGGGGUGAUCAUCCUGGAGGGAUGUGCUGUGCAGCUGUGUGAGUCUGAAGAGCAGUUUGCCUUCUCGCUGGUGUGGAGCGGACCGGGCCUGCGCACAUACAAGCUAGCAGCCGACAACCAGGACGCCCAGGAAGCCUGGAUCAAAGCCCUGCUGACGGCCAAUCACGAAUACCUGUCGCUGCUCGUCAUGGACCUGGAGAAACAGUACAGGGAGGCCAUGAAAGCGUUCCCUAACGACCCCAAAGUGCGCUCCUCCACACUGCCAGGGCCCACCUCAGUAAGACCAGCCCAGUCUGUGUUCUGGUCCUCAGCCACUCCCCCUCCGACACGACACCCUGGCCCAGUUGGCUGUAAAACCAACCAGAUGCUCCUAACUCCAGCCACUACCUCCAAACCAGCCAAUAGGAGGUCCCCCAAACUCUGGCCGAAGAGGAAUGCAAAUGUUGUACCCAUCAGUGGUCCCGCCCCUCCCCAGGGGGAGUGGGCUGUGAUUGAAUCAGGACUCAAGGAUGACUUCAGCAAAUUACACGAGGACUUUGGGAAGGAAGUGAGGGAGCUGAUUGCUGAUUGGUUGAGAAGGAGACAGGAUGAGGAGGUUGUUCAUGAGGAAAACUUAAUAGAUUUUGGUUGAGACAACAUUCUUUUUGGUUUUGAUUAACAGCAUGGAAACAGAUGAGUCUUGCCCAAUAUGUUUAACAAUAUGUAAUAAAUGAAUAAAUAUGUAAAAUGAGCCUGUACCAAAAACCAAAAUUAAUCAAAUAUAUGGAGAUGUGAUAAAUCCUUUUUAUUUUUUUUACUUUCUCCACCAGAUCUUUACGAGUCAUGAACUGUCUUGUAAGCACAGACAGAGCGAAGUGGUAUGACUUACGUUUGAGAAAUAAUAUUUGUUCGAAUGCUAAAAGAUAAUAUUAAACAAUGGCAAACGUACCAAA